CUUUUAUUCUCUUAUUACUGAACACAAAUGCUCACAUUGCAUACAUGUGCCAAAUUACUUUACCAACAGAAGCAUUCCAGAACAUUUGGUUCAAAUUGUUUUGUGAGAACUCUUGUUGGUGCAAAAACCCAUAACAAGUUCUUGGAACAUUUCCAUAUUUCCCCCUAAAUCGUGGAACACCAUUCCUCACGACAGGGAAUUGUAGCAUGUAAGAAAAGUUUAAAACUCAUAUUUUUGAAGGAUUCUUAACAGCCCCAUAAUUGAUCAAGAUUCAGCUGUAUUUAAAUCAUCUGCUUGUGUAAGAUUUUUAGUACCUGUAAUACUAUUUGUCAAAUGCUGUGGAUAAUUAGUGGAUAUGGCACUGAAGAAGAGGGGCUGGUCACUACACACACCCAAGCAUUUUACACACAGAGAGGAUUGGUGGAGGGAAAUCGUGCCAUAUGUAACAGGUUGUUUUAUUGUUAGAUCCAUUGGUUAAUUGCCAAAGUAGAUAAUUGAAUUUGACAGAAACCAGUUAAAGGCACUUCUGAUUUUGCUCAAAUGAAACACAAUGUUAAGCUAAUGUUACAAUAAAUAAAUAAUUUAUAAGAAAUGAAACAUCAAGAUAAAAAAAGCAAGGAAAAUGAUAUUUGGUAGUAAUCACCAGAAACUUGAUCAAUGUGCAUAUAAAAAGAAAAGGGAAAAGGGUGAGGCAAUUGGGAAAAUCAUUGAUUUUUUUUUAAAGGGUCUAGAGAGAUAAAUGCCCCUCUUUCGUGACAAACCAGAAAAUAAUGACUCAAUCAAAUUAGGCGCAUUAAAUUGCCUUAAAAUGACAUUUGUCAAUCAGGUUUGAUUGGCAUCGGGAAAGUAUCGGUAAUCGACUUAUCGCGUCUGUUUGUCAUAACAACACCUGUGAGGCGUCACGUGACCGGCAAUGCGAUAACAAGAAAAUGGCGUCAGAGGAGAGUUUGCUUUUCUGUGUUCCUGAAUUUUCUUCCCAAGUUUUCUCAGGGCUACACAGCCUUAGAAAAGAUGGGAAGCUCUGCGACAUUCAACUUGGUGUAGGUGAUUUCCAUUUGAAGUCUCAUCGUGUGGUUUUAGCUGCUGCGAGUAGCUAUUUUAAUGCCAUGUUUACUGGAGACAUGAAAGAAAGUCGUCAAGAUGAAGUCAUCUUGUUCGGCGUGGAAUUUUCAGCUUUAGAGGAUCUGGUGAAUUUCUGCUACACAGGAAGGAUUGAAAUCAACGUAGAUAAUGUGCAGAAUUUACUAUGUGCCUCCAACCUGCUGCAGUUGGCGAGUGUAAAGCAAGCGUGCGUUGAGUUUCUCCACCGCGUUCUUCAUCCGACAAAUUGCCUCGGUAUCCGGUCUUUCGCUGAUACAUAUUCUUGCAUAGAUCUCGUCAAAGCAGCUGAUGUUUUUGCUGUGAAAAACUUCUCUGAGGUUGCAAGGAGUGAAGAAUUCUUGAGCUUGGCCCCCGAGGCGGUGGUGGAGAUGAUCUCGCGGGAAGAAUUAAAUGUCCGCACAGAAGAAGAAGUUUUUGAAGCAAUUUCAGCUUGGGUGAGAAGAGAAGAAGACGAGCGCAAAGAUUUCCUUCCAGAAUUACUCAAGAACGUGAGACUGCCUUUGAUUAGCCCGCAGUAUCUAUGCGACAAAGUCUCCAGCGACGAGCUGAUAAAGAGUAAUUUAGCAUGCCGUGACUUGGUAGACGAAGCUAAGGACUACCUCCUCAUGCCUGAGAGGAGAUGUAAGCUUCAGUCGAUCCGCACGAAACCAAGGCGAUGCAGUGAAGCUGCAUGUCUGAUUUAUGCUAUUGGCGGCCUGACUUCCUCUGGGGAGGCUCUUAGCACCGUGGAAACGUACGAUACUUUGACCGGACAAUGGUUGCCUGGCUUACCUAUGAGCACGUUGCGUACCCGUGUUGGAGUAGCUGUCCUAGAUAAAAAGCUGUAUGCCCUUGGUGGAUUUGAUGGCCACAAGCGACUGAGCACAGUGGAAUGUUUUGAUCCACAGUUUCAAACAUGGAAGGCAGUUGCUCCCAUGAAUACACGUCGCAGUGCUCUUGGUGCAGUGGUAGUAAGUGGAGGGAUAUAUGUUGUAGGUGGGUAUGAUGGCCACAUCUCACUGAGCACAGUAGAGUGCUAUUCUCCUGCAGUCAACAGCUGGAAGUUUGUAGCCCCAAUGGGGACACUCCGCAGUGCUGCUGGUGUCACAGAGUUGAACGGAAAGAUUUUUGCCAUUGGUGGACACAAUGGCUUAUCAAUAUUUAACACUGUGGAAGUGUACAACCCACAAACCAACACAUGGGUGCAGAGUCCGCCAAUGAGUGUUCGCAGAUGUAGAGUUGGUGUUGCCACUUUAAAUGGCCGCAUCUAUGUGUGUGGAGGGUAUGAUGGCAGUUGCUUUCUCAACACUGUUGAGUGUUUUGACCCUGAGACUGGGCAAUGGACUUUUGUAGCCCCCAUGAAUACUCGCCGCAGUAGGGUAGCUGUGGUGACUCUAGGAGGAAGGUUGUAUGCGAUUGGAGGCUACGAUGGCUUGUCAAACCUUAAUACUGUGGAGUGCUUCGAUGUACUGAGCAAUAGAUGGACCCCUGUGGCAUCCAUGGGCAUGCACCAAGGAGGUGUUGGAGUGGGAGUGCUUCCUAGAGGACCAUUUUCUUAGGAGAUGGUGCAAAAAAAAUUCCUUUUUUAAAAGAGAGAAUUGCACCUUAAAGAACAAAUCUCUUGGCAGAUUGGUAGUCAACAUUCCUUUCAGAAGAAAUCAGUAAAUUCAUUGGAAUAACUUUAAAAGUUAUUAUUUGCCAUGCAAAGGGGAUUUAAAGGUUAAAUAUCAUUUACAUAUCAUGUACUCGAUUAUAAUUAUAUUGCUUCACUUUUUGAAAGUGAAAUAAGAUUCCCUUGGUAAGUUUGUUAUGAGCCUGAGUAUUUUCAUCUAAUCUAAAACCGCAGGUAAUUUCACAAUUCAUUACAGGUACUCCAAUUAAAUAAAAUCAUUAUUUAUUUUUGGCUAGGACUUGCUUUGGAAGCUUCCACUAUGUCAUGAUGGAGUUUAAUAAAAAUUUAAGUAUAAAAAUCUUUUUGUUCUUUAUGAAGUUGAAUUGAAUUCGUUAUCAGUAUAUAUGAAUAAGAUUUUUGAUCAUCCCAGUUUACACAGAGGAUUGGUUGGUUAGCAAUAAAAUUUAAUUUUGUCACAACAAUUUUUAAUUAGUUUUUAUGAAUACUUUGUUAGGUGGCCUUGAACUGAAAAAUAACUUUUCUGGGAUCAUUAGAAAAGAUGACAGUGAACUAAAAAGGAUACUGGAGCAAUGAGAAAGGAUAGUACUGAGGUCGAAUAAAUAUUUGUGUAAAAUCCAGAAACUGAAAUAUAUUUAUUCAGUCAUUUAUAAUUCACAAGAUUUACGUAUAAUUUAUGCUAAUUAUUCAUAGUUUGUUAGGUAUGUAGUUUGAAAUUAUGCUAAAAAUACCAGUUAUUUCCAAGUUGGUGCAAGAAAUUUGUGUAUUUAUUACAAUUUUCACCAGGAAAGCUUGUUUAAUUUAAAGGGCCAUUUUCAUUAAUCAGCAGUUUACCUUUCUUAUUCUACUUUGGAAGAAAGA